AUGCGUUACAGCAACCUCGGCCGGAUGGCCAUCAUCCUGGCUGGAAUCACCGGCACGACAUUUGGCAUGGGAAUGACACAUCUUCGCCGAGAGCUCAGCUUGAGCGCGGAGCUUGGCAUUAGCCCUGAUACGAUGUUGAAGGAACGCAAGUCUGCACAGUCGCUAGUAAAAGAGCUGCCAACAGAUAACAUCACCAGUUUGACUGUUUCGAUCCCGAUUGAUCACGAGAACUCGUCAGUGGGCACCUAUGAAAACCGCUAUUGGGUCAAUGAUGAGUACUAUCGUGAGGGAGGGCCUGUCAUUCUGUACGAUGUAGGAGAGAUCAACGCAGAAACUACAGCAUUGAAGAACCUGGGCAACUCGAGUUCAGUCAUUGCAGAGAUGCUCGAGGAGUUCGGAGCAAUUGGUAUCGUCUGGGAGCAUAGAUACUAUGGAGAGUCAUUGCCUUUCAAUGUUAACAUUGACACUCCUCCUGAACACUACAAAUACCUCACCAAUAGACAAGCUUUGGCCGAUAUUCCGUACUUUGCGCAAAACUUCACUCUUCCGGGGCACCAGGAAGAUCUGACCCCAGAGUCAAAGCCAUGGGUCAUGAUGGGAGGCUCAUACGCCGGUAUGCGAGCCGCUUUCACCCGUGAUGCCUACCCAGAUACCAUCUAUGCAGCAUGGGCAUCUUCGGCGCCGGUUGAAGCCCGCGUUGAUAUGAGCAUGUACUUUGACCAGAUUUAUGACGGAAUGGUUGCAAAUGGGUACUUGAACUGUACUAAAGACAUCAAGGCUGCGCUGGCUUACAUAGACGAAGAGCUUUCCCGGAGCGAGGAAUCAGCUAUUGCCAUCAAGCAACUCUUCUUUGGCGCCGGCGCAGAGGAGAACAACAAUGGCGACUUCACUGCAGCCGUUGGUGGAAUUUUCGGAUACUUCCAGGCCUAUGGUCUUGGUGGUGGUGAAGGCAGCUUGGGUGCAUUUUGCGAUUAUCUCGAGACCGACGAUCACUCGAAGCGUACGGCCGACGCGGAAGGUGUCGCCUCCCGACGAGGCAAUCGUUACGUCGCCGAGCGAUAUGCCACUUGGCCCAUCUUUGUUGAUUUGAUCAAUUUUAAUUAUGGCACCAAUUGUCGCCAGACAGAUCUCAGCCAACCUCUCGAAUGUAAGCUCAAUCCAGCCACAACAGACCCAGAUACGAUCAGCUGGUUCUGGCAAUUCUGCACCGAGUUCGGCUACUUCCAAGUCAAUAAUGCCGGACCGCAUUCUCUACUGUCCAAAUACCAGAGCAUUGAUUAUCAACAAUACACAUGCAAUCGCCAGUUUCCCGAGGCUGUCAGAACCGGAUUACUGCCCAAGUCCCCCCAGGCUGAUCAAACCAACCGAGAGACUGGCGGAUGGACAAUUCGUCCGUCAAACGUGUAUUGGAGCGGUGGACAGUUUGACCCCUGGCGAACUCUCUCCCCACUCGCCACGGAGGAAAUUGCUCCCCAGGGUGUCAAAUUCACGACGGAAAUUCCCCAGUGCGGCGUGCAGACCGCCGAGAACACCUUGUUCGGAUAUAUCAUGGAAAACGCCGAGCACUGCUUCGACCUCAUGAGUGAUUUUCAGCCCGGAGAAGUUUCGCGUGGAUACUUUAAGGAAGCGCUGAAGUUGUGGCUGCCAUGUUUCAAACCUACUUCACACAGAAAGUAG